GUGGACAUGAUGGGACAGCCCUCAUCCGCAUACCUCAGCGCGCACAGCCCCAAAGACACGACGCGCUCACUGAUACGCUGCUGGUCCACGAGUGGGCCUGGACUGGAAACUUUGUGCAUCCACGACUGCAAAAAAAAAAAAAAAAAGUACCGAGCACACAUCUGAGCGAGCAUCCACGGAUCAUGACUGCGAAAAAUCGACAGAAGAGCGGCUCGGGAGAGAAAAGUCCUCCCUCAUCCAGCCCGGAGGACGCGCCGAAGAAAAGCCCAAAAAGCGCCGGUAACGGACUGAGUGGCCCCGGAGCUCAGGGGCCUCCGUGGGCCAGGAGCUACCUCGGUCUCUUUGUGUCGGCGGUGUUUUACGUCGCCCUCAUAGGUGCAGCAGGUUUUGCAGCUUUUUACGUGCAACAAAUAGAGCGAGAAGUCCGCCAGAACAGCGCCAGACGCGAGGAGAGCGCACAGCAAAGCGCACAGCUCCGCGGCACAAUGGAAGGUGUCCUUCAGCAGGUGGAGUCCCUGAAGGGCGCGGUGGAUGGUCUGGGGUCUUCUCUGAGGGUCACACAGGCGGAGCUGGAGGGGGCCGUCAGCCAGACAAAGAGGGGUGAAGAAGAUACUCGCCGGAUGGAGGAGGCUCUUCAGAAGCUGCAGAACAACCUCCUCAGGGACCUUACGGAGGGCAUCAAGGAGGUAAAGGAGGCUCGCGAGACAGACUUCUCUUCUCUGGAGAAGACCGUCGAGGAACGCUUGGCUGAGGUGAGCCAAUCAAUCACUGCUAGCGUGGCAGAGUUCACGGAAACUCAGGGGGAGGUGCAGAGCCAGAUGUCUGACCUGAAGGCCCGUCUGGGUGGGAUAGAAGACCCUAAACUGAUCAAACAAGAACUUGCCGCCAUUGCUGGCGUUGUAACCGAAAUCCGAACAGCCAAACACAUCACUGAUGCUUCCGCCGAUCUGCUCAGAGAGCAGAUUGGGGCGGUGAGGGAGGAGCUCCAAACGCGCAACAAGGAAGUGGCUUCAUUGUCUCAAGAGGUUGAGGCGAUGAGGGGAGUGGUGCACGAAACUGUUGGGAGUCUGAAGCAGUCGCUGUCUGCAGCAGAGGCUGACGUCCAGGUUUUGAAGGACAAAACCUCGACACUGGAGAGCGUCGUGGAACAGGCGAGCAAUGGCGUUCGUAGUGUAGAGAGAGACGUGAAAGCAGCAUCAGCUGAAGCUCAGAGAAACUCAGACGACCUGGAAGCCAGAGUUAAAGCCUCAGAGGACAGCAGGGAGUCUCUGGUGGCAUCAGUGGUAGACAUCACCUCCAAAGUGGAGUUGUUACUCGCCAAAUACGACAACCACGAGAGCGCUUUGGAGAUGGUGACAAGCAGCUUGAAGCAGGAAUUGGAGGAUGUGAAAAUGAGCUUGGUGGAGCUUCGGGACAACUUGGCGGUUGUAGGCGAUGCGCAGGACAAACUGGUUACUAAAGACACCAGACUGGUUGAGGAUUUGGAGAAGAGGCUCACCGCGCUGGAGGACAGCCACGACGCGGGUGGGGUGAAGCCAGAGGAGCUGGAAAGCUUACAGAGCAUCGUGGCCGGUUUGGAAGACAAAUCGGCCAAGCUUGAAAGCCAUGAACAAGCGAUUUCAGACCUCCAGAAAACUCUGCAGGAGACCAUGGAGUCUUUAGCAGCUCUAUCUGGAGUCAACCAGGAAGAGUAAACCUUUAGUUGGUAGAGUGACAUCAUAAGUGGACAACAGUGAUUCCGAGUAGACGACUUAGUUUGUUUGAAUCAGGAGACGCGCCAGUUAUUGCUCAGAAUUUGAUGGCUGUUAUCACGGUGCUGCACAUAAAGUAAGCAAAUGGAAGGACGUUUGGUGGAGUCAGGCAAGAUGGUGUGCGUGUGGGGGGGAGCGCACAACUGCUGGUGUGAGAAUCCAAGUCGACAGUAAUUGUGCAUGGUAGCUUUGUUUUCUGUUUUGUUACAACAUUAAAAGUCAGUGCCAAGUCGAUUUCUUGAAGUCAAACUGCAAAAA